AUGGUUUCAAGAUCUUAUUCAAAUCUAGUAGAGUUAGCUUCUGGGGAAGCUUCAUCAUUUGGUUUAGUGAAUAGAAGAAUUCCAAGGAUUAUGACUGUUGCUGGAUUGAUAUCUGAUGUUAUUGUUGAUGAUGAUCAAGUAGAGAGUGUCUGUUCUGAUAUCUCUUCGUCUUCGGUACAUCGCGACCGGAUCAUAAUAGUGGCGAAUCAGCUUCCGAUUAAGGCUCACAGGAAUCAUGAUGGUGAUAGGAGUUUUUGGUCAUUUGACUGGGAUGAAAAUUCACUUCUUCAAUUGAAAGAUGGAAUGGGAGAUGAUGAUAUUGAGAUUAUUUAUGUUGGAUGCUUGAAAGAAGAUGUUCAUCCAAAUGAACAAGAUGAGGUUUCAAUGAUACUUCUUGAGAAUUACAAAUGUGUCCCUACUUUUCUUCCGCCGGAGAUGUUUACUAAGUACUAUCAUGGGUUUUGCAAACAACAGUUAUGGCCAUUGUUUCAUUACAUGUUGCCGUUAUCACCCGAGCUUGGUGGCAGGUUUAAUCGGUCUUUAUGGCAAGCUUAUGUAUCGGUGAAUAAGAUUUUCGCUGAUAGGAUUAUGGAAGUUAUUAACCCGGAAGAUGAUUAUGUUUGGAUACAUGAUUAUCAUCUUAUGGUGUUACCGACUUUCUUGAGGAAGAGGUUUAAUCGGGUGAAGCUUGGAUUUUUCCUUCAUAGUCCAUUUCCUUCGUCGGAAAUUUACAAAACUUUGCCUAUCAGGGAAGAGCUAUUGAGAGCUUUACUUAAUUCGGAUUUGAUCGGGUUUCAUACGUUUGAUUAUGCACGGCAUUUUCUCUCGUGUUGUAGUCGGAUGCUAGGUCUUACCUACGAAUCCAAGCGGGGGUAUGUCGGUAUUGAGUAUUAUGGUAGGACUGUUAGUAUCAAGAUUCUUCCGGUUGGUAUACAUAUGGGUCAGAUUCAAUCGGUUUUAAGGCUAAAAGAAACCGAGGAAAAAGUUUGCGAGCUGAUUCGACAGUUUUCGGAUCAAGGAAGGACAAUGUUGCUUGGUGUAGAUGAUAUGGAUAUAUUUAAGGGAAUAACUUUGAAGCUAUUGGCAAUGGAGCAGCUUCUCAUUCAGCAUCCGGAGUAUCGAGGAAAAGUGGUAUUAGUUCAGAUAGCGAAUCCUGCUAGGGGGCGAGGGAAAGAUGUGCAAGAAAUGCAAGACGAGACGAAGGCAACGGUGAAACGUAUCAACGAAACGUUUAGGAAACCAGGGUACGAUCCUGUUAUUUUGAUUGACGAGCCGUUGAAGUUUUAUGAGAGAGUUGCUUAUUAUGUUGUUGCCGAGUGUUGUUUAGUCACUGCGGUAAGGGAUGGAAUGAAUCUCAUACCGUACGAAUACAUAGUCAGUCGCCAAGGAAAUGAAACUUUGGAUAAAGUUUUGAAGAUAGGUCCCUCCCCUAAGAAAAAGAGCAUGCUAGUUGUGUCCGAGUUCAUUGGUUGUUCCCCGUCUUUAAGCGGGGCAAUCAGAGUGAACCCAUGGAACAUCGAUGCUGUGGCCGAUGCAAUGGAUUCUGCGUUAGGAAUGGCUGAUUCGGAAAAACAGCUUCGACAUGAAAAGCAUUAUAGAUAUGUUAGUACUCAUGAUGUCGGGUAUUGGGCCCGUAGCUUCUUACAGGAUUUGGAAAGGGCUUGUAGCGAUCAUGUACAACGAAGGUGGUGGGGAAUUGGGUUUGGAUUAAGUUUUAAAGUCGUCGCACUCGAUCCAAACUUUAGGAAGCUCUCAAUGGAUCACAUAGUUUCAGCUUACAAACGGACGGCAAAUAGGGCGAUCCUUCUAGACUACGACGGCACACUAAUGCCUCAGGUUUCCAUCGAUAAGAGUCCAACAGAUAAAACCAUUGAAAUUCUUAAUAGCUUGUGUAGAGAUAAGAACAACAUGGUGUUUCUUGUUAGUGCGAGAAGCCGAAAGAUACUCUCGGAAUGGUUUUCUCCUUGUGAGAAUAUAGGAAUCGCAGCUGAGCACGGUUACUUUCUGAGAAUGAAGCGAGACGACAUAUGGGAAACCUGUGUUCCUGCAACCGAUUGUAGUUGGAAACAAAUUGCAGAGCCUGUGAUGAAACUUUAUACCGAAACAACUGAUGGAUCUACCAUCGAAGAUAAGGAGACUGCACUUGUUUGGUGGUAUGAGGAUGCAGAUCCAGAUUUUGGAUCAUGCCAAGCAAAGGAACUUCUCGAUCAUCUCGAAAGCGUGCUGGCAAAUGAGCCAGUGACUGUGAAAAGUGGCCAGAAUUAUGUCGAGGUUAAACCACAGGGUGUGAGCAAGGGAAUAGUGGCGAAACGUCUACUUUCAUCGAUGGAAGAAAAGGGAAUGUCGCCUGAUUUCGUUUUGUGUAUAGGAGACGACCGAUCUGAUGAAGACAUGUUCGAGGUAAUCACGAGUUCGAUGAAUGGUCCAAUAGCACCGAAAGCCGAAGUAUUUGCUUGCACGGUUUGUCGCAAACCGAGUAAGGCUAAGUACUAUCUUGAUGAUACUGCUGAAAUAGUGAGAUUGAUACAAGGUUUAGCUUGUGUUUCAGAUCAGAAAAUUUAA